AUGGAUUUGAACUUGAUUAUUACAAAGGAUAUAGAAUGGCUUGGCCAACAAGAUGUAACCAUACCUGAACCUCUGUUUACAAGCAAGAAGUAUGUCAAGUAUUUGGAAGAACUUGCAACCAAAAGUCCCCCUUUGUUCUUCUGUCAUCUCUACAAUAUUUACUUCUCACACAUUGCAGGCGGUCAAGUGAUUGCAAGAAAGGUAUCUGAAAAGUUGCUAGAAGGCAAAGAGCUCGCGAUUUGCAAGUGGCCCGGGGACCCUGAAGAGUUGCUAAAGGGCAUGCGAGAUAAGCUUAACGCGUUGGCACAGCAUUGGUCGAGAGAUGAGAAGAACAAAUGCUUAAAAGAAACAAGCAAGUGUUUCAUGUAUAUGGGAACAAUAAUUCGUCUAACUAUCAUGCGGUGAAACGAAAAGUUAAUGUAUUGCUUCUAAAGUUUUGUAAUGAACUGUCAUUUGCAUGAGUAUGAUGAUAUAACUUCUAUUACAAGUAA